UUUUAAAGCUCUGAAAUAAUGUCUCUUGGCCCCUGAUUUACUCCAAAACUGGCUUUUAACCUGUUCUCAGAGUAUCUUGAAGACGGAAAUACUAAGAUCAUGUCUGUGCAAAAGUUGAAAUGAGCCCUGCUUUAUCUAUUUGGCAAGAAACCGAGUGAUGAAGAUUUGCUAACAAUCCUAAGCUCCAUUGCUCCUAGAAUUAAGCCGCUUGAAUCUUUAGAAGAGCUGGAUGCUCUGACUGAGCAUGAGUUCACCCUGGUUUAUUUGAAGCUAAUAGACCAAUAUGCUACAAGGGUCACCUUCCAAGUUCCCAGCGAGUACGAAGUCUAUAGUGAAGUAUUUGAAAUAUUUGAGGAUUUUGAACACCAAAAUGAGGAUAAGAAAGGGUUCAUUUCCAAACAGGAUUUUAAAGCAGCAGUUGCCCAAUACAUGCCAGAGUCUCAAUAUGAAGAUUUAGACCAGAUUUUCGGAUAUAUUGAUAGCAAUAAAGAUGGCGAAGUCAGCUUCAAGGAUUUCGUAGAUCUUUUAAAGUUUAAAAUUUAG